CUUAGUAUGCGUAUGUCUUACUUGAAAGCGAUCUACCCUUUCGUUUUUAAUGAUCAGUGAUUUUGAUUAUUAUAACAUCUCAUCUCCAGCAGUUUCCAGUGUUUGAAGAUAAAUAUCAAAUAAUUUCUACAUUUCAACCGCACACAUGUCAGCCCACGGCAGCUCCAACACCGGCUCCAAGACAUCCACCGGGAUGGCUUCGGCAAUCCAGACACCAGCCAACUCCAACCUUGGCAAGGAUAAACCCAAGGUGUUUGAUGCUAAGGGGGCAAUCGGAAAACAAUUUACUGAGGACGGUGCAAUUGGCGGUUCGGCGCAGAAAGUCGGUGGCCCCUUGGAUAAGGAUGGCAUGAUUGGGAAACAGUUUACUGCCGACGGUAGUGUAGGCGGGUCAGUGCAAUCAGCUCUUGGAGGGACCAAGGGCAGGAGUAAUUAGGGGGAUAGAGAGAAGUUAUGAUUUGGUAGCAUAUGCCUGAUUUGAGGAUUUGGCUUUCUCUUCUCUCGUCAUUAGAUCUCCCGUA